ACACACGCGGUAAAACCCGCCAAUCCGGCUGCAACAGACGAAUCAUUCGCAGCCAUGAUGGCAGCGCAGUUUCAUUUCAAAUCUCGCCGAAGAAAGGAAGCGCGAACCUUCCCGGACAUAUCCAAAUAAAGUAAAGCGCGAUGACACGUUCGAUUAAGCUCUUCAUUAGUUAUUCCCUAUGAAUCCGCGAUUUACAGUCAGUAGCGUCGGCAGUGAAUUAUUUAUAAAAACUACGCGAGCGAACAACGCAGUAAAUAACGCACGCACGGCAUUCGGCGCUGGUUAGCCUACUGGUGUGCAUUGGUGUGCUGUAAAAACGAAUUCUCGUUCAAAGAGCCAAGAAAGCGUACGUUUUUCUAUUAAUAAGUUUGAUUUUGGCAGAAUUUAAAUUUGGAACGAGAGAAGAGUGGGACCAUACCGGGCAGAACAGCGCAGAUACUCUCGUUGGCGGCUUGGCUUGUAUUUUAAAAUAGCGAAACCAGUUUGAUGGCUGACGUGUAUUUGACAAAUUCGCAAACAAUAUGCUGAUCUGAAGGGGAGCUCGAUUAAGCUGUUUUUGUGGUAAACGAGGUCUCCCCAGCAAUAUCUCACGAUGGGCAUGUUACUUUCGAGAUUUCGCAAAAAGAAAACCACCAUAGAGAUUUUAGAUGAUCUGGAUAAAAAAAUUAAAGACAUCGAACAAUAUGGACAGAAUACGGAACUAAGGCGUAAGAAGAUUGUUGGAACUUUAAUCAUCUACAGUGUGGCUUUGUACAUCAUCACAGCACUAGUUUUCUACUUUUACUUCUUUCCUGCAGAAUUGUAUUAUCAAAUAUUUUAUAUGACUCCAUUACUCAUCUUUCCUAUUUUAAUAUUAUUUACAAAGAAAAUGGUAUCAUGGUAUUAUAAGAGGAAAAUUUCAAGAAAUCAGGAAAAACUUGCAACUAUGGAAAAAGAAAAGAAAAAAAUAUUGGAUGAAGUUACUGAGACUGAAACGUACAAAAAAGCUAAGGAGAUUCUGAUGAAAUUCGCACCCGAUCAAUUGCGAAUGACACCAUUAUCGCCUCAGGCACCUUUUAAACAGCCUUCAUCUGCUCCUGAGACACCAAAAAUAGGUACACCUCAAGCAGUUGUUCCAUCUUUACAAGCUGGAACCGAAUUGCGUCGAAGAGCUUUAGCUUCAUCUAGUCUCUCACAAAAUUUAGGUAGAAUUGGUUCACCUGCUCCAGUAGGAGCUAUGUCUGCUCAACCACAACCACCAUUAACUCCUUAUCGAACUAGUGAAACUCCUUUACCUCGACCAAUUUUACCUCAACAAAGAAGCUAUAUUGACAGAUUGGUAGAAUAUGUGGUUGGAGAUGGGCCAAAUAAUCGUUAUGCUUUGAUAUGCAGACAAUGUGAUUCUCACAAUGGAAUGGCCCUUAAAGAAGAAUUUGAAUAUUUUGCAUUCAGGUGUUGUUAUUGCAACUUCUGGAAUCCAGCAAGAAAACAAAAACCAUCAGCUCCUAAAUUGGAAUUUGACACUAGUUCUAUAACUCCUCAAAGACUAUCACUUCAACCUAGUAGAUCAGUAGAGAAUUUAUCUCAAGCAAAUGCGACUGAAGCUGAAAAUACUACUACCGAUACAGACUCUGAUAUUGAAGUUGUAGAAAAACCUUCUAUUACUCCAGAAAGUGAAGAAAACAAUAUUGAAGAGGAUGGCGAAAGUGAUGAUAUUGGAACUGCAGUGUUAAACACUACAGUUGUUGAAUCUGAAUCUAAAAAGGAUGAAGGAGAGGAAACUGAAAACAUGGAAGUAGAUGAAUCUCCCAACAAAGAAUAAAUUUAUGCAUUUUUGCAUCAAUAACGUUGUUAAACAUUUCAUCAAUUGCUACAUAUUCAAAAUGUGUAGCAAUAGAUGUUCGUACAUUUUAAUAGUGGUUGAUAUUUGUAAGUUGCCUAAAACAUGCCUUAAGCUCAAAACGUUUUAUUUGAUUUAGUUAGUCAUCAAAGAGAAAUUUUUUACUAUUAGCUAUAAACUGCCUAGUAAACUUCAUUUUAUUUUUGAGAAAAUUCAUUGAUACAGAGUUACGAAGUCACAAUCAUUCCACAUUUAUUUUUGUGCUCUCAUUAAGGAAGCAAUUUUUCUUUUUAAAGGUUCCCUUCACUGUAAAAUUGCAUGUAUAUCAAAUUUACAAAAACAGUUGGAUUGUACAGCUAGUUAAUUGUACAAUUAUUGUCAAUUUUUAAUAAAAAGAUAUUCAUAAUUUGCAAAUUUGAUAUGACAUACAAAACUUUACUUAUCUUAACUUGUUCAUUUUAGUCAUCCUAUUUUUACUGAUUUGUAACAUUUAAACAAAACCACCAUACCGCAUAACUUGUAUGCAAGACUUUUUUUUUCAAAAAAUGUGAUAAAUUUUGAAGAAUGUAAAUAACUUAUUCAUCUAACUAUAAGGCAGAGAAGUCAAAAUUUACAAUGUUAAAAUCAUGUAAAAUUAAACCUAGUGUUUCUAAAAUUAGUUUGAUUUUGUAUGCAGAUAAAUUUUAUAAGCUUUUACAAAUCCUUUGAUAACGUGCGUGUCUCUUUUUCUAGUUUAAAAGGUUCAUAAUCUUUGCUGUCGAGGCGCUACUAUUUAUUGAUAACAUUAAGUAUUUAUGCUAUUUUUAGACAAGUAAUUUAUUGUUACUAAUUCAAGUGUGAAUAACUAACUAUGAAUAGCAGUUAACUUAUUAAGUGUUAAGCUUCUAUGAGGUAGAUGGAUAAAAUAAAAAUGUUAAGUUUAGAUACCUUAGAAGGGUCUUAACAUUAUAUCUUGUGUGCUUUACAAAGAACAUCAACUAUCUCGUAUUUCUUUUAGCCAUAGUUGUCAAAUUCCCACCAAUUCAACGUUUUUUCUGUUCAGUGAAUUACAGGGGAAAAAACAUCAAACAUCAUGUACAAUCAUCUAAAUUUAGAUAAUUUCAACUAUUAAUACGUAGAUCACUCAACACGUAAAUAAAACAAACGAUCUUUAAUGACCAUGAGCGUAAACUGUAAUUUGUUGAAUAAUACAUAUAUUAAUUAUGUUUCCAAUGAUAUACGUACAAAAUAUACAUUUGGAUUGUUCACUUUGACACUGUGAAAAUAAAUCUAUAUUCUUAUUGUAUAAUAGAAAAAAAA